AUGGCAUUGAGGGUUAGCAAAAGGCUGCUAAGAGUGGCUCUUUUGGUUGUUUCAGUGCUUGGAAUCUUCGGUUUGGUUCUUCACACCACCAACAGCGAAAUAACAACUUACUAUGUCGACAAGACGAAAGAACUAGUCGACAGCCAAAAGUCGUGGUGGAACUCUGAAGCCGCAAAGAGCGAAGAAAGCGAGAGGAAAAAGGCUGAACAGGACGCUGCAGAAGGAAAACACUUGCAGGACGUGGAACUAGAUGACGCUGCGAAAAAACUAGAGGAGGACGCGACCAAAAAACUAGAGGAAGUCGUUGGCGGAGAAGGAAAUGGAGACUCCAAAACCACACCUUUGAAAGAGAAAGAACCUGAAAGCACUGCCACCGACACCAAAACGACCACCGUCAAGGCCGCUUUCGUCUCUCUGGUCAGGAACCAGGACUUGCAAGAAAUCGUGGAAACGGUUCGUAACCUCGAAGACCGUUUCAACUCGAAAUUCCACUAUCCUUACGUGUUUUUGAACAACGAGCCUUUCACACCCGAGUUCAAGUCUGCCAUUAGCAACGUGAUUUCUUCCACCGUGGAUUUCGGUUUGAUCCCUCCAGCUCACUGGUCGUACCCUGAAUGGAUCGACCAGGAAAAAGCUGCAACUGUCAGACAAACUGCUGACUACAUAUACGGCGACAGCGAAAGCUACAGACACAUGUGUCGCUACGAAUCUGGGUUUUUCUGGAGACACGAGCUAUUGGACAAGUUCGAUUGGUACUGGCGUGUGGAACCAAGCACCAAGCUGCACUGCAACGUCGACUACGAUGUAUUCCAAUGGAUGCAAGACAACAACAAAAUGUAUGGCUUCACAGUAUCUAUCAAGGAAUUCGAGUCUACCAUCAAGACUCUGUGGUCCACUACCAAGGAGUUCCUCGACGCCAACCCCAAGUUUAUUGCCAAAGACAACAUGAUGGACUUCAUCUCAAACGACAAGGGCAAAACCUACAACUUGUGCCAUUUCUGGUCCAACUUCGAGGUUGCCAACCUGAACUUCUGGAGAUCCGAAGCUUACCAGGAAUAUUUUGAUUACCUCGACAAAAAGGGCGGCUUCUUUUACGAACGUUGGGGCGACGCUCCUGUUCACUCUAUCGCGGCGUCUUUGUUCUUGUCCAGUGACCAAGUUCACUACUUCCCUGACAUUGGCUAUUUCCACAAUCCAUACAACAACUGUCCGUUGGAUCAAAGUAUCUGGCAAAAAGGGAAAUGCUCAUGUGAACCGAUGUGGGAUUUCACCUUCCAAACAUACUCUUGCACCAAUGAGUACUACGACUUCAAGAAAUUGAAGAAACCAGAUGGCUGGAAAAAGUUCAGAAACUAG